CUGACAACCCUGCAUUAAAGUGUUGUGCUAGUUGUAAAAACCCAAAUUCCUUCCUUCUCGAGUUCUCUUCCAUCCCAGUUGGGUGUUGUGUCUUUCGUUUCCGUUUUUUAUCAUCAAACAUCUGUUCACCAUGAUCAUCUACAAGGACAUUUUCAACGAUGAUGAGAUGUUCUCUGACAGCUACCCUAUCAAGCUCGUUGACGGAGUCCUUUAUGAGGUCACUGGAAAGUACGUGAACAGGAAAGCUGGAGAAAUUGUUCUGGCUGGUGCAAAUCCUUCUGCUGAAGAAGCAGAUGAGGGAGCUGAUGAGUCCUCUGAAACUGGUUGUGACAUUGUCUUGGCUCAUCAGUUGGUUGAAUGUUUUGCCUUUGGUGACAAGAAAGGUUACACCCAAUACUUGAAAGAUUACAUGAAGAGGUUGGUUGCUAAGUUGGAAGAGACUGCACCCUCUGAAGUUGAUACUUUCAAGUCAAAUAUGAGCAAAGUGAUGAAAGAUCUAUUGGGCAGAUUCAAGGACCUACAGUUUUUCACUGGUUCUCAAAUGGAUGUUGACGGAAUGGUUGCACUGAUGGAAUAUCGCGAUAUUAACGGUGAAAGUCGACCGGUCAUGAUGUUUUUCAAACACGGACUGAUUGCAGAGAAAUUCUAAAAUCAACUGCCUCACAAUAACAUCAAGUUUUUAAACUGGGAAAAUAAACAUGCAGAAAAACUC